AUGUUGCAGUUGCGGCGGGGGAAAUUGCGGGAGGGUGGCGAUGCAGAAGGGGCAGCGAGAUGCGUGGGUGACGCGGAAGCAGUCGCGGCGGCGGAAUACGCAGGCGGCGAUGUUAGGUCGCGGCGGCGGGACGGGCAGGGGGCGACGAGCUGUCGCGGCGGCGGGACGGGCAGACGGCGCCGAAGCAGGCGCGGCGGCGGGAAGGGGAGGCGGCGACGUGACGUCGCGGCGGAGGGACGGGCAGGCGGCGACGAGGCGUCGCGGCGGCGGGAUGCGCAGGCGGCGCCGAAGCAGGCGCGGCGGCGGGAACGCGGCGACGAGACGUCGCGGCGGAGUGACGGGCAGGCGGCGACGAGGUGUCGCGGCGGCAGGAUGCGCAGGCGGCGCCGUAGCAGGCGCGGCGGCGGGAACGCGGCGACGAGACGUCGCGGCGGAGGGACGGGCAGGCGGCGACGAGGCGUCGCGGCGGCAGGAUGCGCAGGCGGUGCCGUAGCAGGCGCGGCGGCGGGAACGCGGCGACGUGACGUCGCGGCGGAGGGACGGGCAGCGGGCAGGCGGCGACGAGGCGUCGCGGCGGCAGGAUGCGCAGGCGGCACCGAAUCAGGCGCGGCGGCGAGAAGGGGAGGCGGCGACAGGGGGUCGCGGCGGGGGGGAGGAGGGGACAGCGGCGUUGCGCUCGCGGCGGUGGAAUCCGCAGGCGAGGAAGGCGUAAUCGCGGCGGGAGGGGGGGGGAACGGCGGCGACGGCAUCGGCAACGAUGCGUCUCAGUUUGUGGGCCCGCUGAUGCUCAGCCGCCUGCUGUCAGCCAUGCAGUCGAGCGAGCCAGCUUGGCAUGGCUACAUCUACGCCAGCAUCAUCUUCCUGGGGCUGGUGGGCGGGGUGAUCUGUGAGGCGCAGUACUUCCAGAGUGUCAUGCGCGUCGGCUUCCAGCUGCGACAAGCCAUGGUAUGCCACGGGUGGUCGGUAGCAGCAGUGUUCAGCAAGUCCCUGCGGUUGAGUCACAGUGGGCGGCAGGGCUUCAGCACGGGGCGCAUCACCAACAUGAUGACCAACGACGCUGAGUCGCUGCAAAUGGUGUGUCAGCAGUUGCACGGCCUCUGGUCGGCGCCUCUCCGAAUCCUCGUCUGCAUCUUCUUGCUCUACCAGCAGCUGGGGGUGUCGUCUCUGCUCGGCCUGCUAAUGCUGCUCCUCAUGAUCCUCGCCCAGGCAAUGAUAAUCAAUCGAGUGCAGAAGCUGGUGAAGGCAUCACUGCAGCGCAGCAACAAGCGAGUGGCGCUCAUGAACGAGGCAGUGAUAGUGAAUAGGGUACAGAAGCUGGUGAAGGCAUCACUGCAGCGCAGCGACAAACGAGUGGCGCUCAUGAGCGAGGUGCUGGCAGCCAUGGACGUCGUCAAGUUGUACACGUGGGAGGGGAGCUUUCAGAGCAAGGUGGCGCGCGUUCGAGCAGUCGAGAUGGGGCAGAUUUCCAAGGCGCAAUACAUCAUGGCGGUGGGUUGUGUGCGGUGUGAUGAGGUGGAGAGGAAGCUGGUGAAGGCAUCACUGCAGCGCAGCGACAAACGAGUGGCGCUCAUGAGCGAGGUGCUGGCAGCCAUGGACGUCGUCAAGUUGUACACGUGGGAGGGGAGCUUUCAGAGCAAGGUGGCGCGCGUUCGAGCAGACGAGAUGGGGCAGAUUUCCAAGGCGCAAUACAUCAUGGCGGUGGGUUGUGUGCGGUGUGAUGAGGUGGAGAGGAUCAACUUCCUGCUGAUGAGUGUGCUGCCAGUGCUGGUGACAGUGGUGUCGUUCGGCUGCUACUCGCUGCUGGGCCACCAGCUCACAGCCGCCAAGACCUUCACCUCCAUCUCCCUCUUCGCUGUGCUGCACUACCCCCUCCACAUGUUCCCCAACCUCAUCACCCAAGUGAAUGCUCAGCUCAUUGCUAUGCGAGUUGUGAACGAGUACAUGUCUCUCACGCGCUUGCAGGCGUUGCUGCUGGCAGAUAUGGUGGUGAACGUGAACGUGCCCGCAGAAGAUGCUUCUGGCACAUUAGACGGACACCAACGUCCCUGCUCCCUCCUCUUAUCCUCCUCGGCAUCCCCCAACCCAACCCCCCCACCUCCCCCACCACCCAUCUACCCUUCUGUUACACCCUUCCACCAGGUGGUGAACGUGAACGUGUCUCUCACGCGCCUGCAGGAGAUGCUACUGGCAGAUAUGGUGGUGAACGUGAACGUGUCUCUCACGCGCCUGCAGGAGAUGCUACUGGCAGACGAAACAGACAUUGACGCCCCUGCGCUGCCCGUCGACCCUACCAAACCUGCAGUCGAGGUCUCCCAUGCCUCCUUUGCCUGGUGUGCUGCUAACAGUGCUCCCACUGCUCCUGCUAACAGGGCUCCAACUGCUGCUACUGCCAACGGUGCUGCUAGGGGAAGGGCAGGAGGAGGGGGAGAAGGCAAAGAGAAGGGUGGAGUGGGGGGGGAGGGGAAGGAGAAGGACGUGGGGGGCACGCUAACGGAUGUGACUCUAUUGGUGGAGCCUGGGAAGCUGGUGGCUGUUGUGGGCGCCACAGGGCAAGGCAAGUCGUCGCUGGUCAGUGCACUGCUGGGCGAGAUGCCCAUGGUGUCAGGAGACUCUCCUCCAAUCAUCAGAGGCCGCGUGGCCUAUGUCUCGCAGGUCUCCUGGAUAUUCAACGCUACAGUGCGCGAUAACAUUUUGUUCGGGCUGCCCUAUGACAAGCAGCGGUACGAGCGGGCAGUUGAAGUCAGCGCCCUGGAGAGAGACCUGGAGCUGCUGCCAGCCUUGCUCAAGGAGGGGACCCACGGAGAUAGGCGAGAGGGGGAUGACCGUGAGUGGGUGGCAGAAGCAGCGCAUCAGCAAAGCCUUGUCACUCCUGUCUGCCCCUGUCGUCCCCUCUCCUCCCUGCCCUUCUCUCCCAAUCCCACCACCCUUCCUCCUCUGGGCCACCAGGGGGGGACCUGA